UGGUCGAAAAACUUUAUAGACACAAGGAAUAAAUUUCGAAAUGAAUUUGACAAAAAGUUUGAAAUGACAUUGGGAGGGACUACAAUUGGAGAAUCUGAUAAAGGAUCAAGAAAAAAUGGGAAUUGGUUGAGAAGCUCAACGCAUGGAUCGAAAAAAGCAGAAGAUGAACCAACGAAGAUCCUAAGAAGUGAUUCAGACAAAGAUAAAAAGGCACAAACACCGGUCAGCAUGAUAAGGACAGAAUCAACAUCGAAACCAGCAGAAAAUAAAACGACCGAAAUUCUAUCAAGUGAUUCGCCCCAAGUUGAAAAGCCAUCAAAUCUCAGCUUAAUAGACGAACAACAAUCAACAUCGAAACCAGCAGAUGAUCGAAGCACAAUAAUUCCAGCAAGUGAUUCGCAUCAAGUUAAAAAGCCAGAAUCAACAGUCAGCGAUUUAAAAGAUCAACAAUCGAUAACCAAACCAGCAGAUGAACAAGUCACCAAAAUUGAAUCUAGUGAUUCGCAGAUAGUCAAAAAGCCAUCAAAUCUCAACCUAAUAGACGAUCAACAAUCGAUAACAAAACCAGCAGAUGAUCAAGUCACCAAAAUUCUAUCCAGUGAUUCGCAUCAAGUUAAAAAACCAGAUUCAACUGUCAACGUUGUAAAUGAAUCGACACCAAAACCACCAUCAACAACUGUCAGCGAUGUCAACGCGCAACAAUCGCCGCUAAAAUCAGCACAUGAUCGAAGCACCAUAAUUACAGCAAGUGAUUCACAUCAAGACAAAAAAUCACCAUCAAUAGUCAGCGUUUUAAACGAGCAAGAAUCGACAUCGAAACCAGCUUAUAAUCAAGGCACCAUAAUUCCAGCAAGUGAUUCGUCCCAAAAAGAAAAGCCAAAAGCAGUAGUCAGCAAGGUAUUUGUGCAGGAACCUCAAUCAAAGCCAUCAGAAAAUGAAGCGAUCGUGAUUUCGGAGAGAAAUUCGAACAUUGAACAAUUAGAAAAAGAAAAAUUCGCUGAACAACAAAGAUUAGCACAACAAAAAAUGAAACAAACAGUUGAAAAUCAGGAAUUGACAUCGAAACAAUCAGAAAGUCAGGAAGAACUUUCGACUGAUAACGCUGGAGCUUACCCAAAAAAAGAUUCCGAUGAUCAAUACUAUGAUGAAUUAUUUAGUGCACAAAAAAAAAUAGGGGAAGAACUUGCAAAAUUAACUAAGCAGCAUGAUGAAAAAUAUGAGAUUAAAAAGCAAAAUGCUACUACACAGCAAGAAAUCGACGCACUAGAGUUAGAACGUAUAGAUACAAGACCCGAAAUAAUUUUUGAUGAUGAUGUUCUUCCAAUUUUAAUAGAAAAUCCGAAGACAUCAGAAUUAAAAAAACAGUGGCUUAAGAAGCAAAAAGAAAGAGAAGAAGAAAGAGAAUGGGCAAGAAUCAAAGAAGAAUAUGAAAAAGCGCUUAAAAAGUGGCUUAAACAAUACGAUAAACAAGAAAAACGUUAUAAUGAGACUCGUUCUGAUGAAGAUUACCGUAUUCUAAAACAAUUGGAACUUAAUAAACCACGGCUUUAUGAUGAUGAAGGUAAUGAAAUAAUUGAUAUGACUACUCCUCUACAACGACAAGAACAACCAAUAUCACAACAACAGCAAAGAUCAAGACAACAGCAACAACGACAAACAAUAUUACAAGAACAGCAAAGAGUUUGCCAAAACGAAAAUGAGAAAGUUUAUAUAAAUGAAGCAAAAAGAAAAAGAGCAGAAAUAAAAAGAAUACAUGCAAUGAACCUUAAAGAAUGGCAAAAAGAAUACAAAGCUCUACGGAAACGUUUUAAGGAGACUGGUUCUGAUGAAGAUUACAAUAAUCUAGAAGAAUGGCGAUUUAAUAAACCAUUUCUUCCUUUUGAUGAUGAUGAUGAUGAUGAUGAAAUAAUUAAUAUGACUCAACCUCUACGUCCAGAAAUGAAACGACAAAAAAUUUCGCUGUACAAAAAAAUAGAAACGAAACAAAAAUCAAAAAAUAUUUCAACCACCGCCACCACCACCACCACCGAAAUUUCUGAACCAGAAAACAAAAUACCAAUAUACUCGGAAAUAGCAGAGAAAAUAUACGAAAAUGGUAUCAGAUAUGAAUAUUAUGAUCUCAAAGAUAAAAGAGAAGAAAUUUAUCAAUAUUGGGAAACAAGAUUAGCAAAAGUUGAAUAUUUGAUGGAACGGGAUGCUGAUCGAGAAGAAGCUGCAAAUUUGGGAAUUGAGUACGAUCAUUGUUUAGCAUGCGAACAUAAAAGAUGCGAAAAAGAAAAGAAAGAAGAACUAACAGAGAUGGAUGAAAGAAUAAUAAAAGCAAAAGAUAUAAUGAAAGAUGAUUUGAAAUUUGGAAACAAAAAUGAAGUAGAUUUAGAACCAUUAGAAUAUCGUAUUGAACCAAUAUUAACGAAUGAAGAAAAGUUUAUUGUAAGUCAAGCGAUUGAUCAAAGUUCUGAAAAAAAUGAAUACAGAUCAUCGAUUCUUAAAGAGAUGAUUGAAUUCGAAAGAUUAGCUAAAUUAGAUAUUAGCAAAACAAAAGAGGCAAUAUUAUUUAGAGAUGAAUAUUUUAAACCAUUAUAUCAGGAUAUAGUGGAUGGAAAUUUUCAAAACGAUAUUUAUAAAUUUGGACUACUCAUGGAUGGAACGUAUAAAUAUUAUAUAGAGAAAAGUAUUAAUGAAUCGAAAUCAGAACAUAAAGGUUAUCGAGCACAAAUAAUGAAUGAAAUCAAUCACUUUUCAGCAACUAGAAAUCUAAGUGAAAGCGAUCGUAAAACUUUAACAAAAUUUUUAGAUAUUUUUAAAAAAAGAUUAUCUGAUGAACCAGAUAAACCUGAAUAUCCAAUAUCCAACUUUAGAAGAAAAGUAGUACUUGGUCAAAAUCCACUUAUAAGUGCAGAACAAGAAGAUUUUCUUUACUAUGCUUCUGUCAUUAGACCAAAAAUAUACAAUGAACCAGUCGAUUAUUAUGUUUGGUUUUUAAAAGAGCUUUAUGCAACUAAAGGAAAAUAUUUUUAUGAUCCUUCACAUAAUCGAUUCUCUACAUUAGAAACUGGAAAGACAAAUAUGCAUUUAAUGAAUUUAGCGCUUGAAUCAUAUAAUAAUUUUCAAAAAAAAUUGCCAAAUCCUAGUCCAUUAUUAAACAUAAUGCUCAAUACGUUAGAAAUUACGGCCGUACCAUCCGAAGAAAAAUACUCAAGAUAUAGUGGUCUUCCAAGAACAUCAACAAUAUCAUCAAAAUCAUCCAAUACUGGUUCGUUGUCAAAACGAAUGCAAAGAUCAGUUAAUCAAGCAAUUUUACAAACAGCAACACAAAUUUCAGGAAAUCAAUUUACUGAUUAUAGUCAACAAUUAUAA